ACGACGAGUGGACAGAGCAACAUAUAAAUCAAAGGUAUUUUGUUAGCCAUAUUGACGAAAUAACCGUAGCAUAGCACAAAAGAACUUAGAGGAAUUUAUCUUGGGAAAAGCAUCAGAACGAAAGUCGCUAUCAUCUUGGCCGCCGGAUUACCUCCAACAAAGUGGCAAAAUCGUCUGAGGACUUUACAUUGAGUUUGUUCAACAUUCUGACUUGUAAUGGGACUGUUCAUGAAUACUGAGCCUACACGUUAGAGACCAGAGUGAUUAAAUAAUCAAGGAACGGUAGAGACUGGCAGGAGCUUGCCUUGCAUCCUACAGUGUGCCCUCACAAGGCCGGGAGUUUUUCCUAAACCAUAACCUGGCCUGGAAAAAAACAAGAACCUGGAGUUUCCCUUGGCCAGGACAUGCUUCAGUCACACCAUCCCAAGUCUGUAACUAGCACAGUCAUUCCUGAGAAGGCCCAUCUCGCGGCAUCGCCUACCGCCCUUGCAGCCUUUCACUUGGAGGAUGGAUGCGGAGGCAGCCUCUCCGUCUCUCUCCUCUACGGUGGCAGGGCCCUCCACACUGUGGCGUCUCGCUGAGCGGAGGAGUAGGAAGGCUGGCUCAGGGAACAUCUUUGGCGGGGUGAACCUGCGUCAGCUGCAGAGGCUGUUCACAGCAGCUGGGGACCAGGAUGCAGAGCAGAGGGCUGAGCUGGUGUGGGGCCACGGGGACGAGGCUGAGCUGGCCCAGGCCCUGAUAGGACUGAGGGCGAGGGGCCGACGGAGAGGACUCAGGGUGGAGGGGCGAGACACACUGGGGUCGCGCUGGCUCCGGGCGUUUAAUCAUCUGAGGAUUGGUAAGAGUUCAGAGAGUAGCCAGCAGAGCGAAGAGCAGUCAUCAGACAGCAAGACGGAGGCAAGAGCAAAACACAGCAGCCCAGAUACACAGCCACUGACUCAUAAGGGCCCCAGAGGUGCUACAGGAGUCAGAGAGGACCUAACUGAGGGCCAAGGCCCUGCAGGGGCCUCUGAGAGACCAGCCAGACCAGGAGCUCUACUGAAGAAAGGAGGGGAGAGCGACCCGGAGAGGUACCUCCACCGCAUCCUCCACUGAUGGACACAGAGGACUAGGAUGGCUUUGUUGCCCCUAGAUCCCUUCCCCCACUAAUCAUUCAUGUGUGUAUUAGGUGAUGGUAAACUGAUCCUAGAUCUGUGUUUGGGGACAACUUCUACGUGGAGUAUUGACCAACUCUAGUUCAGAGUGACAGAGUCAAAGAUACUAUAUAUUUUUUACCAUUUCAUUUCUAACAUUUCAUUCUCUCUCAGGAACUGGCUUAUCUGUUCUUCUGUUUGUCUCAUGUCUCAAGAGCAUCACGUAUUAGACCUUGGAUUCAUACAAAGGAUUAAGGAAAGAGGUUUCGACUGUGUGGGAUAUAGCAGAGCACUUUGGGAGAGCUCAAUUCCACCUGGACUCGUUUUUGAAUGAAGUAUUUUGGUCAUUUGAUUCUCCAAAUUAGACAUGUGCCAAGAUGCAUCCUAAAAAGAAAGGAAAAUAAGUUGUCAACUGGAAAGGAGAUAUUUUGAAGAAGUCAACAUUUCGACCAGGGUUGUGGAACUCAUUCCAUACAGGGACAAGUGUCUGCUGGUAUCGUUAUUUCCUUUUCAAUGUGUAGAAACAGCAGGGGUUCAAACUUUAGAACCCAGUUCCUACAUUUGAAUAUAGAAAUUGAUUUUAUCAAACAAAACUAUGCUACAUUUUAUCUCUUGGACCCUCAGGAUGACAAACCAGAGCAAGAUUACUGAAUGUAAAUACAUUCACCUCUGAAGGUAAAUAAUGUAUCAACCCAAGUGCUGUGCUGAAUGUUACUUAUGUCAUUCUAGUCAGAUUAGUGCACGUUAGCAACAACCGUCCCGGUAUAGGGACAUCGAUCUGAGGUUAAAGGGCCAGAUGCACAAUUAAAGGGCAAUUACACUCAAAUCAAUGUGUUAACCAAAAAUUAAUGCUAUUCUGAUGUGAUUUAAGCAUUGACAUGGACUCAGAACAUCCAAUUUUGAUGUUUCUCUAAAACAAUUUAAUUGUGAGAAAUUCAAAACAGGAAAAAUAAAACCUAAUUUUUUUUUGGGGGGGGGGGGGUUUUUUGGACCCCCACCCCUUAGUUGUUUUAUUAACCAUUCUUUUACCAGAUAUAUUGACAGAACACUGCACUACUUUCUCUUGUACAUCAGAGGAAGAGUUUCAGGGGAGAUGAGAAGUUUCCUACUCGAAAGCUUGAUUAAAAAUGAGUAGCUGGUAACUUUAAUUUUUAUAAAAUGGUUCUCAUGCUAGACAAGGUUGGCAAAAACUAGGGUAAAACGCUGGGCCCUAGAUGUAGCCUAUAACUAGGACACAUUUUCUUGGUCAGGUGACAGAACUCAUGGCCCAACUCAUACCUGGUCAAUGUACAAGGAAAGAGAAACCCCCAAAAAUAUGUAUCACUUCAAUAUGUUAAUGUUGCCUUUAAUUUGACACUACAGUAUAUGGUCUUCCACACAUACAGUAACGGAACUUGACAUUCAUUGAUUUAAAUUAUUUUUAAAUCUAUAUUUCUACAGGUGAAGUUUACAUACACCUUAGCCAAAAAUACAUUUUUAACUCAGUUUUUCAAAAUU